CUUGGUGCACGCUUAACAAGUGCCCAGUAAAGUCUUGCUCAGUCAAGGGAGCAGACGUAGGUCUUCCGGAACAAGUAGCAAAGGAUGCAGAUGCUGGGAGCAGAACGUUUCAUUUUAAUUGCAGAACCCAGUCCUGAGUUUGGAAAUUUCCCAGCAUGACAGCACCGCCCACGAGUCCCUUUGCUUUCAGGGGAGCACUUAGGAAAGUCCAGAGAUCUGCGGAGAUGGACUUGAAUAUCAAUAUUCUUGAAUAUCCUGAAGAUCUCCUGGCCUUGCUGGUCAUCUCUGGGUGGCAGCACCAUCCUGUCCCAUCAGUCUGUGCCACUGCUUUGAGCCUAAGGAUGGUGAGUUCACUGAGAGGACCUGCUCUGGGAAGAAAUCUAGAGGAGGGGUCUGCGUGUCAUCAGACUCCUCUGCGCUGGCCCUGUCACCCUGAAGAGCAAUGUGGAGUAUGCUGAACAGGAGUGCAGAGGAAAAGGAUCCAUCAUGUUUACAUGUGAUUUGGCUGUAUCAGACAAAAGCUAGUGUCAAAGGCUGAUAGGCCUGAAAACACGUUACAAGCUGAAGGGACCCAACAGCAAACCCUGGAUGAAAGGAAGGUCCUCAAGAUGAGGCUGCAUCCGUUUCUGUGACAGAAACAUGCAACAUGGCAGCAGCCAUGGAAACUGAACAGCUGGGCCUUGAAAUCUUUGAGACGGUGGCGGGGUGUGAGGAGCAUGUGGAGAAGGAGGAGUCGCCCAGGCUGGAGCCCUUCUAUGUUGAGAGGUAUUCCUGGAGCCAGCUUAAAAAGCUGCUCACGGACACGAGGAAAUACCACGGUUACAUGAUGGCUAAGGCACCUCACGACUUCAUGUUUGUGAAGAAAAAUGACCCUGAAGGGCCCCAUUCACACAGGAUCUACUAUUUAGCAAUGUCUGGGGAGAACAGAGAGAACACACUGUUCUAUUCAGAAAUUCCCAAAACCAUAAACAAGGCUGCGGUGCUAAUGCUUUCCUGGAAACCCCUUCUGGAUCUCUUUCAAGCCAGCCUCGACUAUGGGAUGUACUCCCGCGAGGAGGAACUGCUGCGCGAGAGAAAACGCAUUGGCACCAUUGGUAUUGCCUCUUAUGACUACCACCGGGGAAGCGGCACGUUCCUGUUUCAGGCGGGUAGCGGGAUUUACCACGUCAAAGAUGGAGGCCCUCAUGGAUUCACUCAGCAGCCUCUAAGGCCCAAUUUGGUGGAGACCAGUUGUCCAAACAUCCGAAUGGAUCCCAAGCUGUGCCCUGCUGAUCCAAACUGGAUUGCGUUUAUUCAUAGCAAUGACAUUUGGAUAUCUAAUCUAGAGACCAGAGAAGAAAGGCGGCUAACCUUUGUGCACAAUGAACUGGCCAACAUAGAAGAGGAUCCAAAAUCUGCUGGAGUCGCAACCUUUGUGCUGCAGGAGGAAUUUGAUCGAUACACAGGCUACUGGUGGUGUCCGGACACCAAGCCAACACUCAACGGAGGCAAAAUCCUUAGGAUUCUCUAUGAAGAAAAUGAUGAGUCAGAGGUGGAAAUCAUUCAUGUCACGUCCCCCCUGUUGGAGACCAGGCGGACAGAUUCCUUCAGGUAUCCCAAAACAGGUACACCGAAUCCAAAGGUCACCUUCAAGAUGUCUGAAAUAACAAUUGAUGCUGAAGGAAGAAUUGCGGAUGUCGUGGAUAAAGAACUAGUGCAGCCAUUCGAGAUCCUGUUUGAAGGAGUAGAGUAUAUUGCUAGAGCGGGAUGGACUCCAGAAGGAAAAUAUGCCUGGUCCAUCUUGCUGGACCGCUCCCAAACACGGCUUCAGAUUGUGCUGAUCCCCCCUGCAUUAUUUAUCCCGGUAGAAGAUGAUGCUAUGGAAAGACAGAAACUUAUAGACACCGUGCCCGACUCUGUUACACCACUCAUUAUUUAUGAAGAAACAACGGAUGUCUGGAUCAAUAUCCACGACAUCUUCCACAUCUUCCCUCAGGCCCAUGAAGACGAGAUUGAGUUUAUUUUUGCUUCUGAAUGUAAAACAGGAUUCCGGCACUUGUACAAAAUCACGUCAGUGUUGAAGGAGAGCAAAUACAAGCGAUCAUGCGGAGGCCUCCCUGCUCCAAGUGACUUCAAGUGUCCCAUCAAGGAGGAACUGGCAGUUACCAGUGGAGAAUGGGAAGUCCUCGGUCGACAUGGUUCCAACAUCCGUGUGGAUGAAGCAAACAAGCUGGUGUACUUCCAAGGCACCAAGGACUCCCCUUUAGAGCACCACCUGUAUGUCGUUAGCUACGAGAAUCCCGGAGAGGCGAAGCGGCUGACGGAGCGCGGCUACUCUCACGCCUGCUGUGUUAGUCAGGACUGUGACAUGUUCAUCAGUAAGUACAGUAACCAGAAGAGCCCACAUUGCGUAUCGCUCUACAGGCUGACUGGACCAGAAGGCGAUAUAGCUCAUAGAGCGAAGGACUUCUGGGCCAUGAUUCUAGAUUCAGCAGGCCCCCUUCCUGACUAUGUCCCCCCGGAAAUCUUCUCGUUCGAGAGUUCCACGGGGUUUACGCUGUACGGCAUGAUGUACAAGCCUCACAAUCUACAGCCUGGGAAGAAGUACCCCACUGUGCUCUUCAUUUAUGGAGGUCCUCAGGUGCAGCUGGUGAACAAUCGGUUUAAAGGAAUCAAGUAUUUCCGCUUGAACACCCUGGCUUCUCUGGGCUACGUGGUGGUUGUGAUUGACAACAGGGGGUCCUGCCACCGAGGGCUUAAGUUUGAAGGUGCCUUUAAAUACAAAAUGGGUCAAAUAGAAAUUGAAGAUCAGGUGGAAGGACUGCAGUAUCUGGCAUCCCAGCAUGACUUCAUCGAUCUCGACCGAGUGGGCAUUCAUGGCUGGUCCUAUGGAGGAUACCUAUCUCUAAUGGCUUUAAUGCAGAGGUCAGAUAUCUUCAGGGUUGCUAUAGCGGGCGCCCCCGUCACCCUGUGGAUGUUCUAUGAUACUGGCUACACAGAGCGCUAUAUGGGCCACCCGGACCACAACGAGCAGGGCUACUACCUAGGAUCAGUGGCCAUGCAGGCAGAGAAUUUUCCUUCUGAACCAAACCGUUUGCUGCUGCUACAUGGAUUCUUGGAUGAGAACGUUCACUUUGCACACACUAGUAUAUUGCUGAGCUUUCUAGUGAGGGCCGGGAAACCAUACGACUUACAGAUCUACCCUCAGGAGAGACACAGUAUAAGGGUACCCGAGUCUGGAGAGCAUUAUGAACUCCAUCUACUGUAUUACCUGCAAGAGAAUCUAGGCUCUCACAUUGCUGCGCUGAAGGCAAUGUAAUUGCAACCUCUGUCGAACUCUGAUACACUGGCUGCUUAACCAAAUGAGGAACUGUUGGGAUCUUUGGAGAAGACCGAAUGAAACAUUGCAUUUGGGGGCCUGCCACGCAGUCGCACCCACAGAGACACACACGUGCACGCAAACGGAGACACUUUUUUAAAAAGCAAACUUGGUGCCAUACAGGGAAACUACAGUACAGUGACCUAAUGAUUUUAAAGCCUACCUGUAAAUAAAAUCAAAUGUCUGUGGUAUACUGCAGUACCAUGGGUUUUCUUUUGGGAGGAGCUGAAACCUUAGCAACACAUUUUCACAAUACCAGAUCUUAACCUUGUAAACCUGUUACGAGCUGCGUGAGUCUAGUUGAUGUGUUGUGGUUUUUUUCCAGUGUGUUUCUCAGUUUCUUACAACAUGGUAAUGAUUGAUUGAUUUUUCUCCCUUCAUGGCAAGAUUUUCUUUGGAUGGUUACAACCUUGAAAAACCUAUUUUAAAAGCUUUGUGUUUCUUGCAAGGGAUGUAGCUGGUUUUGCCUGGGAGCUAAUCAUCUCUUGCACACAACCAGGCAUUGGGAAUAAUCUUAAAAAAAAACAAAACAAAACAUUUUUAGCUGCUUCCUGAAGAAAUGACAUUUUGGAUUUAAUUGAAAGCAAGCCAUGGUUUGUUUGGGUUUUUUUUAUUAUCAGUGAGCAUCUCCAUCUAGUGCAGUCUUUCUUCUUUUUCUGUUAGCAACAUGAUCAACUAGCUGGACCCCUUUUCAUCUGGGAAGGUGACAGACCUGUUUUACAUUCACAUGGGCAUAUGUCUUUUAUGCUGAGAAGCAAACUCAUUUUAAUUCAAACAACCAAAUCUGUCAUUUUUUUCAGAUUUUAAGAAUAUCAGCUUAAAAACACCAACCCAUUCCCCUGGACUUUCUCCCCAUGUGCAUUUUGAGCUGUUUUCUAGUACUCCCUUCCUAUCUCAGCAUGUGGAUAUUAAUAUCACCUCCAUUGCAUCCCAGUGCAAAGUUUGGCUGGGAACUUGGUGACAAAGGGUCUGCUAACAGUACGCUGAAGCAAUGUGAACUGUUUUAUUGCAUUUCUGGGUAUCAUUAUUCUAACACUGUUCCUCAGUCCCAGUUUUUCUGCUCCCAUGUAUGAAGUCCUCCAUCCUUAGGUCAUCUUGUAGCACUGGUGUAGCAUGCAUGGAAAUGCUGUGUCCUCAGAAACCCCCCUGUCUGUAUUGCUUUUAUAAGGUAACCCUGCUAGCAACUAGCUCUCUGCAGUCUGAAGUGACAUAAAAGCGCGAUUUUUUGCUAGCAUGGUUUUAACUGUGCUGUGGACUUGGCUGUCAAAAAAAAAACCCAACAACUUUAAAAGUGUUUGGAAAAAAACCUUCUAAUUUUCAAGCUGUUGUUUAAGAUAGAAACCUGUAGUAAAAUUGUUAUUUUUAAAUCAGAAAAUUUUGCCUGGAGUGUCUGUGAGAAAGAUUCAGAUCUUUUUUUUUUUUCUUUCAAGUUUUCCUUCACAAAACCUAAGAACUUCCUUUCCUUUCUCUUUUGGUGCUAAAGAGGGAAAAGCAGGGUGUGAUUUUUUUUUUUUCUUUUCCGUUUGUUGAAAAUUGCACUCCCUAUGUUUUGUGUUCAAAAUCAAAAUACCCCAAAUAUUGUAGGAAUGUACUUUAAUAACUUUUCCAGGCCUAUAAGCAGUCACCUCAACCUUAGUACUCUGGCAUUGAAAGCAAUUUUGCCUCAGUUAUGCUGCUGUAAAUUGGGAAGAUCUCCACUGAAGUCAGUUGAAUCAUCUGGGUAUAAAAUACAUGCAAGAGAGAACAUAGAAUCGGGUCUGCUGGCGUAUGCUAAAGAUGGUCAAAGCAAACUCACAGUCUUUAAACAUGCAUUGCUGGUUUCCCCCCACCAAAUUGCAAUGAUGUUGAAUUGGAGAAAAGAUGGUUAACGUUCUGAAAUUUGCAUCACGAGCAUAUCAAAAAUAGGUUUAAGGUUUUUAUUUUUAGAGGGUGGGGAGAAGGGAAAGAGCCCGGUGCGCCUUUUCUUUUAAUUCCCUAAACAGUGAAUUAUUAUAAUUGAAGUAAUUCAUUAUGAAAACCGGGACCUUUCAGCAGCCCUUUGGUAUCUGUUAUAGUUAGUAUUGACAAGCAGGUGCAUUGACAAACUUGAAAAACCAGUGUGCCAGUGAUUAUAAAGGAAUAUAACUUGUUACUAUGGAAUUUCACUUAGUUCUUUACAUAUUUAUGCUGUAUUGUAUAUACAUAUAUCUAUAUCUGUCCAUAUAUACAUAUAUGUAUAAAACUACAUACUAAUGGUAUCAUGUUUUCCAAGGUUGUGUAUAUUUUUUCAAUGUUAAAUUAAUUUACCUUUGGGGUUCUUUUUUUUUCUAUAUAUGACUAUCCCUGAAUAUAAAUGUAUAUGGUUUUUAAGUAAAAAAACAAAACAAAACAACAAUCAAUUCUUUUGUUUAAAAAAGCAGCCUCCAUGAAACAUUACUUAAAGCAGCUGAGGAUUUAAACGUGAUGCUGGCAAUCUAAUCUAGAGUUUGAUUUAGCAUGGGCCGUGAUAAAUGUGCUAAUGUGUAACUUUUUAAUAAUGCAUCCUCUUUAUUUUAAAUACCUAUAUCAAAAGCUAUUAAAGUACAAAGUACUGUAAGUACUCUAUUUUGCAACAUAAA